AUGGCAGACUCAGCGCAACAACCAGCGCCGGCGGCGGCGGAAAACAUGACCGAGGAGGAGGUCAUCAACAACAUGGGCAUAGCCUCGCCACUCGACCUGUCAGACAUGCCCUCAGGCCCAGCCGCAACCAACAGCGAGGAAGCCCUCGUCCACUCCCUCGUGGCAGCAGCACGCGCAACCAUCGCCAAAGUCGACCCCUACAACCAAAAGACAUACCAGGUCGGCGCCGCGGCCCUCAGCGCGGACGGCCACACCAUCUUCACGGGCGUCAACGUGACGCACUUCAACGGCGGGCCCUGCGCGGAGCUGGUGGUGCUCGGCACGGCGGCGGCGGCCGGGUCGGGCGAGCCGGGCAGGCUGACGCACAUGGUCGCCGUGCGGCACGACGGCGUCUCGGUGCUGAGCCCGUGCGGGCGGUGCCGCCAGGUCAUGCUCGACCUGCACCCGGGGAUCAAGGUGAUUGUCGACUCGCGGCCGCCUGGCGCGGCUGCGGCGGGUGGUGGUGGGGAUGGUGAGUCCGGGUCGGAGGAGGGAGGAGGUCUGGGUAGCUUGCGGGUUGUGGGGAUAGAGGAGCUGCUGCCGUUUGCUUACCGCAAGUCGGACUGGAGCGGUGCUCCGUCCAGGUAG